AUGUCCGCGAACGGGGGAGUGGGAGUGCACACGGUGUGGAGAGUGCCCACCAAGUCUGUGGAGCCAAAGCUGGGGGCCGCAGCGGGGGAGAUGGUGAAAAAGGUGAAAGCAUGGAGGGAGAAGGAGGGCGUCAAAUGGGACGAUCUCGUCCAGCCGUCCGCUUUGUUCGUCGCAGGACUGGGCCCUCAGCCUACUGGUGGAGAUCUGGCACCGGCAGAACCAGAGGCUAGAAGGGAGGCGCAAGAGGUGGAGGAUCGGAUCAUUUUUGCCAAAGCCCAAAAGUUCAAAGAAACGCAGUUAGGCCCGCCACCAAAACCGGUCGCGAGGGAAAGAAUCCAACCGCGCCCCAAACUGCUGGGGGAAAAAGACUUGGGCAGUUUUGAGCCGCGACCGCCCCCAGUUGAUCCAGUGAAGGAGAGGGCAAACAAGGAGGGAGAGGCUCUGAAGAAGAAGAAGAAGAAGAAGAAGAAGAAGGGGAGGGUUGCCCCUGAGGGGGCCUCAGAUGCGCCUGGGUCGAAGAGGAUGAGGGUUAACGGAGAGGUUACCCCCAUGACGGAGGAGGCAUGGGAGAAGGGAGUGGGGGUGACCUCAGAAAGGGUGGUUGCCCCAGAAGUGCAAGGGAACGAAGGUCAGGGAGGCCAGGAGGAAGAAGAGCAUCUGAGUGCCAGGACCAAGGCGCUAGUGGAGAGUGGGCCAGCUGACCCUAAGAAAGUGAUGGAGCAGCAGCAAAAGGGGGGCCCUGCACCACAUGAAAGGGGGGUCAGGGUGAAGUAUGCGAUUUACCAUGCUCCUACAGUGUCUGGCCCAGCCAGGACAGCUGCAGAUCUUCUUCUGGGGUAG